AUGGCAAACCUAAUCACUUACGCCCGCGAAUUUCUCGCUUCAAUUGGUCUCUUGAGACCAUCCUCAGGCACGCCAAUCACAAGCUUAUUCAGUACCCUUCCUGGCCACCAUCGCAUCCUCCUUAGCGGGCUUGACGAUGCUGGCAACUCAACUCUCUUGCGCUCUCAUAUAGUUACCAAUGAAAAAGAUAUAUCUGUCGUCGUAGGCAUGAUUUCCCAUCGAGUUGAAGUCUAUAGAUGCGACAAUGUCACUUUCCAAACCAUCGAUCUCGGUGGAGGCCGGCCUGAGACAUACUGGAGAAUGGAGAGAUCGUUCAUGAAGCACUGCGAUGCACUUGUGUGGGUCGACGACUCGGCUGAUCACGACCGCCUCAUAGAAGCAAGAGAAGAACUUUUCCAAGCUAUACGCCACCAAGACGGUUUGCGCAACAGCAUCCCCGUGUUGAUUCUAGCGAACAAGCAAGAUAAGAGCAACGCUCGUACAGCAGAACAGAUAAGGGGAUUCUAUGUCGACGAUUUUUCGUCCCCUCUAUUAAAUACGCCACAUGCGGUGUUUGGGUCGAGCAUAAAGACCGGCGAAGGCUUGCUCGAGGCUUUUGAAUGGCUGGGUCGCACUGUUGAGAGCAGGAUGAAAUAUGACACUGGCAUUAGUGAAAAGGUUCCGCCAUACGACAAAGAGGAGGAAGCUACUAGAAUCAUUAUGGAAGGAUUACAGCCAAGCCAAGAAGAUGAGAUUGGCGAGAAAUGGGGGCAUCAACCCGAUUAA